AAUGUUUAUUCAGAUGGUAAAUCAUAUGAAGGCUGCUAAUGGACUAAUUUAGAUAUAAUACAUGGAUUAUUAGGGCGGUCAAGAAACUUGGUUGUGUAACAAAAUGAUCAAAGCGGUUUGUCAAACUUGAGGAAUGAAUUCUUUCGGCAAGGUCAUUGUAAUAUGUGACACUUCUGUGAAAUCGGUCCUGUUCACAGUGUUUGUUUCAUAACCAAUCUGUCCUUGCAGAAAAUCCAGUUGAAAAUGGACUCGGGAAGGAACAAGCUCCUCCUGCCAAACCAAACCAGAAGCCUAAUGGAGUCCAUGAUGAUGAUAGCAACCAGAAAGGGGACUCUUACAUUACUCUAACCGGGCACAGAGCUGGUGAGGCAGCAAUUGUGUAUGAACAUGGGGCUGACAUCGAGGCUCUGAUGCCGAAGCUCCGUCAUUCUGACUACUACACAGAGCCUCGAAUUCAAGAACUAGCUGCCAAAGAAAGGGCAGACCCAGGGUUUUGCCGUCGUGUCAAGGACUUUGUGGUAGGACGGCAUGGAUAUGGUAGCAUCAGGUUCUUUGGGGAGACGGAUGUAAGGCGUCUUGAUCUUGAGUCGCUCGUGCAGUUUAACAACCGAGAGGUGAUAGUUUACAUGGACGAGAGCAAGAAACCUCCCAUUGGACAGGGUCUCAACAAGGCAGCCGAGGUAACGCUCCUCAACAUAAAAUGUUUCGACAAAAAGACCGGGCAUCAAUAUACAGACGGGGCAAAAGUUGAUAGGUACAAGGAGAUGCUAAAGAGAAAAGCGGAGGACCAGGGUGCUGAGUUCGUGUCGUAUGACCCAAUCAAUGGAGAAUGGAAGUUCAGGGUCAGCCAUUUCAGCAGGUACAGGUUUGAAGAGGAAGAGGAAGAUGAAUGUAACUGGGAUAUGUGUGUUUCUCCUGCUUGCUGACACUAGUAGUAAGCAAUGUGAAUGUGCUUUGUUUGUUUGUGCUAUGAUCUGUUUGUAUAGAAUAGAAUUUACCUGGAAUUCGUCUGUCAUACUAGCUAGUUGCCGUAUGGUGGAUGAUGGAGCAAUCCGGAGCAGUGGGACUAAGCUGUUGAUGAUGAUGGUGCGCUAAGCCUAAGCUUCUGCCUUUUGAUGUGGCUUCUAUCUGUUACUGGGUUUGAACUGUGUUUGUCUAUCUGUCUGUCUGUCUGUCAUUUGAGUGGUCGAUUAGGGAGGUUGGUUUGGUUGGACAGUGCCCAAAGCAAGAUUGUAAAUUUUGAUAUUGAUCCAUAAACAAUGUCCUUAUUAUUGUCGUGCAUAUUUCAAGUUUUUCUAUAUAACAGGCGAGCUCUUGUAAGAUGUGAUCUGCAGUAUUUGCUUAUAUAGGGGGGUUUCUUUAACGUGAAGCUCUCGUGCGGGAGACAAGAAUAAAGACGUGAGUACAGGAAUGGGUUCUCUAUUCA